AUGGCGGCGUCCCCCGCGCCGCUUGCGACGGCCACAGCGACGGCCACAGGCGACGACGACGACCGCCGCGUGCGUCAACUGCUCCGCGACCUGAAGAUCGACACGGGUGACGUCGUGCUCUUUGACCGCAAGUGCUCGUCCAUGGGCAUCUACGGCGGCGCGAUCUGUGCCGGGGCGAAGCUCUUUGGCCAGACGCAGUGGGACCACAACGGCGUCAUCGUCCGCGUGCCGUCGCUCGCGCCCGAUGCACGGCCUGAGUCGCUCGAAGAUCAGCUGUUUGUGCUGGAAGCUGCGCUCACGGGCGUCAAGCUGCGGCCGCUCGUGGCUCGCGUCAGGCGCAGCCGCGGCCACGACGUCGCUGUGCGGAAGCUGCAGAUCGCACGGACGCGUGCGUUUCAAGACAUGGCCGUGGACUUUGCUUUGAGUGUGGUCAACGCUCCGUACGAAGACAAGUUGGCGCGGCUGUUCAAUGCUGGCGUGUCCGUGCCGACGAGAAUUGCACGGGAACGGCUGUUUGCCGCUCUCGUGGCGUCCAAGAAAGAGCUCUCGAGACUCGACGUGGAGCUCGCCCAUCGCGACAAGAUGUCAGUGUUUGAGAAAGAAGCGCUGCUGCAGGAGCGAGCAGCCGUGCAUGCGAGGUACGAGCGGCUAGGCGCAGAGCUACGAAGCAAGGAACGAUCGGUGUUUGAGAACGCUGUGGAAGUGCAGGCGACCAAGAUGUUUUGCUCGCAGUUAGUUGCCCGGUUUUACCAACACGUCGGCCUGUUGCUGCCGUAUCCGUCUGCGAACUCGUACUUGCCGAAACACUUUAGUGCGCGAGACGGCGGCGAGUUUGUAAAGCUGCAGCAAGGCGCGAGUUUCCUGCCCGAAAUCUCAUUGCGGCAAAACCUAGAGACAGAGACGAGGCGGUGGGCAACGAGAAUGCAGGAGAUGGAGGAACGGGGUCCGCGCGCUGCUGGGGAAGUAGCGGCUAUUGUGCAUUGCUUGCGGCGCCAUCAACUGUUCCACACAUUGAGCGAGCCAGACUUAUUGGCCGCAGCUUCGCAGUUUCGGCGUCGUGUGCUAGCAAGGGGAGAGGUGGUGUUUCAUCAAGGGACGCCAGGCGAUUGUUUCUACAUUAUCGAGCGAGGGCAUUGCGACGUUUUUGUCGACUACGACCAUCCGAUGAAGACACACGCCGUACUGCAUGCAGCAGAUGCCGGCAAUGUUCCAGAUCCAGAGCUUUCGCAGCGGACAGAGCUGCGGAGACACAAGACAAUUGUUCUGCCUGAGUUCAAGUCGUCAUCAAGUCGUGUGGGCAAGAACGAGCGCGUCCACGUGGCGACGAAUGGCCCAGGCAAUGCUUUUGGAGCGUCCGCGCUAAUUUACGACACCCCGCGACGUGCUACAUUACAGGCGAGCUAUUCGAAGCCAGACGACAAUGAAGAAGCUGUUGUUCUAUGGCAGCUCGACAAGCGAGCGUUCUGCGAGAUCUUGGCGCGUCAUCCAGGCACACAGCAGUCUCUGGAAGAUUGUCGCUUUUUGCUCGAAGUACUGGAGGACCACCCGCUGUUUGCCGAGCUCGACGAUCGUGCUAAGGCAUUUGCUGUGCGCAAGUGUUUUCCACUGAGCGUGCGAGCAGGUACGACUAUAUUGCGGCAAGGUGACCCGGGCGACUACUUUUACAUGGUUGAAAGCGGUCGUUGUGAGGUGUCGCGUUGUAAACCAAAGGUGGCGAACCCUUUUGUCGACCGGGUCAUUGGACGUGGUGCUAGUUUUGGUGAAGCUGCGUUGUUGUACAACAGCCGUCGCGGUGCCUCGGUGAAGGCGCUCGAAGAUGCUAAGAUAUGGUGCAUGGACCGUGCAAGCUUUCUCACGAUCACACGAAGUGGGUCUGCUGCCCUGCACAAACUAUUCCAGAAAAUAGGCACCACGGUUGUCCCUGGUUCGAACGAGAGUUUUGCGACGGAACGUGACUUGCGUCGGAUGCUCACGGACCCUCAGCAUAUGCAACUGGUCAAGCAUGGUGAUACGGAGGACGACAACGAGGACGAAAAGAGGGACAAGAUGGCAGCCCAUUCUGUCUCCCUGCUUGCGCCGCAGUCGUACAAUCGCGCGGUGCAGCUUGCGUUAUCACUUUUGCUCAACGACUCGUCCGGGCUCGUCAACUUUUCCCAGUUUGCCCAUUUUCACAUCGCCUUGGGUGCUUCCAAUAUCGACCAGCUUCUGUCAGAAGCUGCGUUCCGUGUACUGAAAUCCGUGACGGACACGUACAACGAGGGCGAUGCGCGCGUACUGAGACCGUCUACAUCGCCAUUUAUUUUCGACCAGGUCGGUCCGGACCAAGCUAUGAUCAAACUGAACGAUCUUUCUCGUGCUAUCCGCCAGUGGUUGUCUACCGGUAAGGAGACAGCAAAUGGUGCUGUCGAUAAGCCGGAGACACCGGUUCAUUUGACGCCUGGACGCUUGGCAUUUUAUGAGCGGUUGUUUGACUUGCCAGCGCAUCAGUUGGGCGAUCAAUACGUUACGCACGACGACCUGGUGCGUGGAAUCACAGCGUUUGAAAUGGAGGACGCUCGACUAGGAGAUGACCUACAAGAUGAUGACGAUGAUGCUCGAUCGGACGACGUAAUAGCAGCCAAAGUAGAGUUCCGAGCGUUUCUUGCUGCCCUCAAGUCCGAUAUCAGCGCGCUGCGUACCAUCUGGCGCGCCGCGAAGCUACAAGCUCACGGUGGGGAUAAGGCGGGCAAAUUUGAUGACCGACAGGAGCUCACGUUGGAGGCCAACCUCAAGUCUGGUUGGAUCGCUGCUCUUCGUCUGAAUCCCACAGGCAGUGACUGGGAAUACUUGCGACCUGAGAUGGAAGACGAGAGUCAUCAGAAGGCGGCUUCCGACGGGACCAGUGCGACGUGUUCUGGACAGCACCUGACAGGUCAAGUCACGUCGCUUGCUGCUGCGAUUGCUGCAGGUGCCUUGGCUCGCACUGCGUGUGCACCGUUGGAGCGGCUGAAAAUGCUCAUGCAGUUGUCGAUACCAACGCCAAGGCCUGUCUCAGCCAUGACUGCGACCACAAGACCCAUGCUCAGCACUCCCCCGUACGCAUCAUUGACAAGGGGCAUUUUGAACAUGGUGAAGCUCAGCGGCAUGCGUAGCUUGUUCAGUGGCAACCUCGCGCACUGUAUCUGGGCGGUGCCCCUGGUACCCACAAAGCUCGUGUUGUGCCGUAUCUACCAACAUCAAGUUGGUCGUUCGCUUCCUGGGUCUCCUUCGCCAUCCGGUGCGAUCGAAGUGAAUAGGCCCCGAGUAUCUGCGACGUUGGCGAAUCUCGUGGCGAAUGGUCUCGCGGGUCUGGCGCUCCAUGGUUUAUUCUACCCGUUGGAUGUCAUCCGUGGACGCCUCGCUGUGCAGCAGUACUACAAUGCAACUCGGCCGGCGCGUGGCAUCGUGGACUGCGCUCGCUCUGUCUAUGACAGCGCAGGCGUGCGUGGAUUCUACCGAGGCUUUGUCCCAGCAAGUCUCGGCGUCUUCACUUACAUCGGGUGCAGCGUUGCUCUGUACGAGUCUUUGCGGCCAAUCUUUGUGCUCUACGACACAGAGGACACGCACCAUCAGCUUGGACGCCCAAGUGUUCCUGGCCAGAUCAUGUGUGCUGCCACGGCAUCGAUUGCGUCGCAGUACGUUUCGUAUCCGUUUGACGUCAUCCGGCGGCGAGUUCAGCUACAAGGCGCCAAGUGGCAUCCAGAACUCGUCUUUCCAACAUACAAGAGCGCGUGGCACUGCGUGAAAGUAUCUGUUCAAGAAGACGGAGGUGGUGUCCGCGGUUUGCGCUCGCUGUAUCGGGGUAUGUCCGUGAAUGCUGUCAAGGCUCUGCCGCCCACAGUCAUCUCGUUCCUCAGCUAUGAGAAGCUGUGUGAGCUCGAGCACAGCGUAGACGACGCCUAG